AUUCCAACCUAUUCCAACUUCACCUCAUUCCUAAUUUCAAACCCCAUCACACCCUGCGAACCAAACGCCAUUAGACGGAUCUAACCCAUUAGGGCUCCUCCAAGGCGUCCAACCCAUUGAAUUGCUCUCUCUCAGAUCUCCACUGAAGCGCACUCAACGUUUUUCCAUUGAAGCGCAGUUGACGUUCUCCAUUGAAUAUAGUUCUUGUAUCCGCCAUUGAAGCAGCUUCAAUUCUGAUCGUUGAAGGACAUUGUUGUUGAACUAACUGCAUUAUGAGUAAUGAAGGCAAUGUCUCUACUAGUGGCAAGAAGAAACAUAAGAAACGGAAGAAUAGUGAGAUUAGUGAUUUAGGAGCAGAGGAGGCUAAUGUAGAAUUAACUGAUGAAAGCCGUCCCAACAUGAAGCUGAAACAGAAGGUUUUGAGUGAUUCAGGUGUAGACGUAGACUUUGGUGCAGAUAUGGAUAAAAGUCUUAGGAAGAAGAAAAAGAAGGGUGUGAAUGGGAUAGAUGUAGACACGCUAUGGGAUAAUAAUAAAAGUAAGGGAAAAAUGAAGAAGGGUAAAUCUGGAGACAGGAGAGGGGUUUCUAAGGUUUUAGAAUCAUCAGGUGAGAUUGUUAAUGAGGAGACUUCAGAAGUUAGUAGAUCAAAAAGGAGUAGGAAGAAGAAAAAUGAUAGAGAUGAUGUGGAUCAUAAAGAGAAUAGUGACAUUGAGCUGGUGAAGGAAGGUGCGAUACACUCUAAAGAAGAAGGGCAUGCUAAGAAGAAGAAGAAGAAGAAUAAAACAGAAUUCAAAGUGAAAAAGAAGUCUAGUGAUAAUGUUGGUGAUGCUAGUUUUGUAGAAAAACAGACUCAUCACGAGAUUAUUACCAACAAGAAGCAGAAAAAUGUGAAGGACAAUUUGGGAGAUGUAUAUUUGAGUGAAGAGCAUUUGGGAAAUAGCCAUGUGAAUGCACACAAGAGUGUUGAGGACAGUCAACUUGGAGGCAAUAGUAUCAAUGAGCAGGUGAUUAGGAAAAAGAAGAAGAAAUCAGAAAAAUGCAAAGAUGCUGAUUCUGCUGGUGCUUCAGAGAUAAUGGAUACGGAAGGAAGUAUUGGUCAUACCAAUUUGAAUGUAAAUCAGUUUGACAAUGAGGUUAUUGAAAACAUCCAACCUGUAAAAGACAAAAAAAGAAAAAAGAAAAAGAAGGAUACUUCAGGAGCAGUUAAUUUGGAUGAAGAACUUGAGAAGAGUACCCAUUGUGCGCCAAUCAGCGGAAGUCAGAAAAGAAAGGAUAGAGGCAGUAAAAAGAGGAAGGAGAAAUCUCGUGGGUGUUAUACUAAGGUAGAUGCAACUGAUUGUAUGCCUGAGAUGAAUAAAGCUGCUGAGCCUUCUGAAUUUUCCAACAAUCAUAAGAAAUCAAAAAAAGUCAAAUUUUCUGAAACUGUGGAAGUUUUCCCUCUUGCUGAUGAAUCGAUCAAGAAGAAAAAGAAAGUGGUUUUAGAUAGAAAUGAGGAGAACAACAGUGUUGAAAAUGGGCUGGUACAAGGUAAACGAUUCUCCAAAGAGGAGGAUGAGAUGGUCCGAAAAGCUGUAUAUAAAUACAUAGAGGAUCACCAGCUGGGUGACGAAGGUGUUGAAAUGGUCAUGAACUGUAGAUUGCACCGAGAACUAAAAGGCUGUUGGAAAGAAAUUGGAGAAUCUUUGCCUUGGAGACCUUAUAUAGCUGUCUAUAGCAGGGCUCAUAUACUUUUUGAACGAAGUGAGGAUCGCAAGUGGACCCCAGAAGAGGUGGAACUAGUCAAGAAAUUCUAUGAAAAGCACGGACCAGAUUGGAAAACAUUGGGUGACGAACUCGGUAAACAUCGGUUUCAUGUUAAAGAUGUAUGGAGGAGGAUCAGGUAUCCCAAUUUAAAAAAGGGGGCCUGGUCCCAAGAAGAGUACCAGAACUUAUUUAAUCUUGUCAACAUGGAUUUGAGCAUGAAAGUAUUUACAGAAAAGAGAUCAAAGCAUGGUAUGCUACGAGAUAACAUAGCUUGGGAGGCAGUUAGUGAUCAGCUCACAACUCGAAGCAAUUCCUUAUGUUGCAUGAAAUGGUAUGACUCGUUAACAUCUCCCAUGGUAGCUGAAGGGAAGUGGGCUAAUUCUGAUGACUAUAGAAUGUUGAUUGCACUCGUAGACCGUGAUGAUGCUUGUGAAGAUGAUGUGGAUUGGGACAACCUUCUGGAACAUAGAUCUGGUGAUAUUUGCCGUAAGCGUUGGAAUCAAAUGGUACGCCAUAUUGGUGAGCAUGGUAGGAAAUCAUUUAUUGAGCAAGUUGAAAUUCUUUCCCAGAGAUACUGCCCAAAUAUUUUAGAAGCAAGAGAAUCUUAUGACAACAGACCUGCUGUUGAUGCUUAAUGCUGUUUUUGUGUUGUAACUGGUUAUAAAUUGUAGAGACGAUUUGAUUUUCUACUUUAUCUACUUGUAUUUUAGAGAUUAUACUCUUACAUGAUAGUAAUUUAUCUUUGCGGCCCUUUUUUUUGGGUGAAUCUCAGUGGAAUUUUGUGAAGUUAGGAAAAUGUUGCUGUAAUUUACCGACCACAUAAUUUCCGUCUAUAGGCUCUAUAGUUUCUGAAUUGAAUGUUUUGCCCUGCUUUGAAGCAGAUUCUUAUGUUUACUUGGUGUCCUCUUCUAUUGUUA